GGCAAAUUUUACAUCUAGGCUUCGAAGAGAAGACAGAAGACCCUUUAAUCCCAAUUGCCUAUUUCUCCUUUUCUGCAUCAAAAAUCUCCCAAGGUCAUCGCUCAUCUUUCCUGCUGCCAGAGGGUCGCGCUUUCCUGCUGCCAUGACAAAAUCCUCCAGAGGGUCGCGCUUUCGUGCUUAGCGCAGCCCCAGCGCAUGCGCCAGGGAACGCGCUGCGCGUUGACAGAAUAACCGCCGGCCACUGUGUCCAAGUUCGCGCGCCUGGGUGCGAGCUGAUGCCCCAGCUUGGAGGGGCUCUUUUUUUCCCCAAAGAUCCCCCCCAAGCCGGGGCUACGCCGGCGGUCGCACCGGGCCGCGGCAGUGUGCGCGCCCACUCGUCUCUCUUUGUGUCAAGCAGCAGAUGAUGGCCCCUCCGGUGUUGUCUUUGGUGCCUGCGCCGUGCCGUCGGUCCUAAAUUAGGACCGGUGGGGCGCUGGCUCUAUAAAAUGAUAUGUAUAUGGCUAUGGGACCAGGUCCACGAAGCAAAGAUGCUGCUUCAGCUGCGCACGUUCCCGCUCGUGCAUAGAAAAGAACACUACUGCACCGACCUGCUGCGGUGUUUUGGGAUGAAGCAGAGUUGUAGCUUCGGCUCCAAAUGUUCCCGCUCUCGUUUUCUGUUGUUCUUAUCCUCCAACUCCGUGCAUAGAUAAAGAAGUUCUCAUCUAUGCACGGAGAUGAUUGGACGAUCAGAAUUGAAGCUUCUCCUCCAGAUGUUCCCGCUCUCUCAAAAAUGCUGUUCUUAUCCCUCCUGUUCGUGCAUAGAUAAGAACACCAUUUUUAGGUCGUUACAAACAUGUUCUUAUCUAUGCACCAUUUGGAGGAUAAGAACAGCAUUUUUGCGAGAGCGGGAACAUCUGGAGGAGAAGCUUCAAUUCUGAUCGUCCAAUCAUCUCCGUGCAUAGAUGGGAACAGAAAGCGGUGCCAACGGUGAGUGAGUGGGGCGGUGGGUGGGAGAUUGGGUUGCGCUUGAUGAGUUCCAAGAGGUCACGAGGGGCCUGCGCACCAAGUCCGCACAAGCCGGCUUGCGGCCUUUUUUGGGUCGCGAGUACGUAGGGCCCGGGGCCGCGGAAAAGAUGCUCGCCUGCGGCGGAUGGCUGUGUUGUGAGUGCCCGCUGGGCGCGUCGAUCUGCGCAGUGGGGGGGCCUCAUUAGUCUAUGCCUAGCUUCGCCGGGGUGCUGAAAUGCCUGCUGGUUCCUCUAGAACGACGCCUGGGCCGCGUGCAAAAACCCACCAGGGGAGGCAACAGCACUUCUACGCAGGCGCGACCAUAAAAACUGCAGCGCCUGCGUUGGCGCAAAAAAAAAGGCAAAUCGCGACGGUAUGCUGCGAAUUUCUUUAGGGAUAAGAACAGUGCUGAAGAUCACCUAUUCCGGGUGGUCUGCGACAUCAUGUUCCACUUGAUAGCAAUAUGUAUAGCUAAAAACAGGUGUGAAGGAUCCUCCUCCUCCUCUAUUUCGUCUCUAUACAAAAAUCUCCCAAGGUCAUCGCUCAUCUUUCCUGCUGCCCAAGCAAAUGUACAGAAGUUUUUGGUGUGAACAAGACUAACCGAGUUUAUAAUUAAGUGCUUAUAGUAGAUUCGAAUUCGUCGACCCCUGUGAGGACCGCUACAUUUUUCCAAUGGAUACGUCUCGUCGUGGAUUGCCCUGCUGGGCGAUUGCUGCGCUGGUCGCGGUAGGGGGAGCCGUCCUUAUCGCUGUUGUUGUGACUGUCGUCAUUGUAGUCCAACAAAGCGUGAUAUCAAAUGUAAAAAUGUCUGGGUCUGGAAGAGUUGGAACUUGCGAUGCAAACUGUGGAACACACAAAAAUUUGUGUUGCAUGAGCGCCAAAAGCAGUCCAAUUUUUGGCACGCAAGUAGGAAGUUUCUCAUGCGGGACAGGCAUCAUGAGGCGUGUUCAAAACUUGUGAUGCUUUUGCCCGCAUCAGACGCCUUUUGCGUGAUCCGAAAUAUGCAUGACAAAUCUCGCAAUCUUCCAGACCCAGACAUUUUUACAUUUGAUAAAGCGCGGGGCAGGAAAACGAAAGCGAGGGAGUGGCUUGGCCAGGGGGGCAGAAGAGCCUCUCCUUAUCCUGAGUAAAAACGUACCCACACCAGAGUCAAGAUGGGGAUUUUGCAACACAAACCUAGGAGUUUUGGGAGUCACGCAUGACAAAUUGCACUCUGCAGUGUAGUGCUGGUUAGCAAGUGCAGCCGCAUCACAAAUUCAUCUGCUCAUCCUGUUCAUGGCACCACAAAUUCCAAAACACGAUUGGAAAUGGCUCUCAUGGGGAUGCACAUUACAAGCCUUCCUGUCUUUGCAAAUCUGCAUUACAACUCUGGCGUGGGUACGUUUUUACUCAGGAUAGGAGGAACUGCGUCCACAGGGGGGAUGGACCGAUGUCGGCGACGUCUUCCGCUGCAGUGCGGAGUAUCAAAUGCAAAAGGGUCUGGGUCUGGAAGAUUGCCAGGCUUGUGAUGCACGUUCUGCAUGAGCCAUGAUGUCCGUGAUGCAUGCCCUAGCAUCACAGAUUAGAUUUUUUGAGAGCAUGAUCUUGAUGCAGCGUAUUCCGCAUGACACAUGCUUGCACUCUCCGCGUAGCAAAAAUCACACUCCCUUUGCUGCCCAUGCAAUACAGAUUUUGUUGGAAUCCAAAUGCAGCAUCACAAGUUGCAUUCCCACUCUCCCAGACCCAGAUAUAUUUGCAGUUGAUACGCAGGACUACGAAGCGAUGGCGCAAUCGUGGGUUCCAGGCCUCCAGGCAGAACCUGCUGGCUCAAGAACAGUUGGAGGCCUGUUGUCUACUUCCGUGGUUCCGGGUGGAAAAACAACAACAAGAGCGAAUUAUAGUACUAGAGCGGUGCGUCCGGUGCACAUUUUCUUCGAAACGUUCGGAAAAACCACCCUGACAGGCGCGUAUAACUUGAUGAAGCAGCUGGCAAAAACGGCGCACGUUAAAGUCACCUUUGUUGGCCCG